UGGGUGCGCGGAAGCCGUGUCCUGGAUCACGUGUGCCUCGCUUUGCUGUCUUGCCUCAGGACCGGGUUGGAGUUUUUUAGAGUCGGGGUGUCAAACCGGCAUGGCGGGUCACGGAGGCCAUGGGCAUGGGCACGGCUGCGGGUGCGAGGGCCAACACGACCCGGCGGAGAGGGGGCUGGAGUUCGGUCUGUACCAAAAAAUCGACAUCGAGAAACUGCAGUGCUUGAACGAGAGCCGGGAGGGGGCUGGAAAGCUGGUCUUCAAACCGUGGGAAGAGCGGAGAGACAGGGAGAAGUUCGUGGAAAGUGACGGUGAUGAGGAGCUUCUCUUCAAUAUUCCGUUCACGGGCAGUGUGAAGUUGAAGGGGGUGAUUUUGAUUGGAGACGAUGAUGACAGCCACCCUGCUGAGAUGAGGCUGUAUAAGAACUGUGCCCACAUGUCGUUCGAUGAUACGGCGCGGGAACCAGACCAGACGUUCCGGCUGAAUCGCGACCCCACGGGAGAGCUGGAGUACCCCACCAAGAUCGCUCGUUUCUCCGGAGUCACUCACCUCUCCAUUCACAUCUCUCUGAACUUCGGCAGUGAGACGACGCGUGUGUACUACAUCGGACUGCGCGGAGAGUUCACACAGGCUCACAGACACGAGGUGACCAUCUGCACCUAUGAGGCUUCAGCCAACCCCGCUGACCACAAAGUGGACGUGUUGAGCACGCAGUCUCACUUCAUCUCCUGAGCCUGCUCGUACCUCUGCAGCAGUGGCACUUGUAAUAAUAAAGGACCCUGCUGGGGGAUAAUAAA